CUCAACUGAAAGCAGACCUGACGUCACUUUGUAGUCCUACCUAAACUCCAGACAUGGCGUCCACUGAGGGUUGCUGACGCCUACCGUCAACCAGCUGUAAUCACACAAGUUACAAAACAGUCGCAGCCAUUAACGCACUCACGUGUAUUAUGUAAACCCUGGAGCUCCUCAACCUGCAGCACUAAACACUGAAACAACCUCAGGAGGAGACAUGAAAAACAAACCGACGAAGUCAGCUGCAUCAGAGUCAAAGAGUAAAGUGAAGAAAAGAAGCGGGGAGAACUCUGCUCCAACUCUCUCCAAAAAACUACGAGACAGGAAAGAUGGAGAAACAUCCCAACAAGGGCCUCCUCUUAAGUCUGCAGGAGUCCAGAAGAGAAGCGGGUAUGGAAGCAUCCUGCACUACAUCUACAAGAGCACUCUGGGGCAAAGUCUCCACUCACAGAUGAGACAGUGUCUGCAGGAACCUUUUGUUCGCUCGCUGUCGUCCUAUCACUUCCACGGUGCCACCAGCCCCUUCGACCGCAGGAUCACCUGUCUGGAGUGGCAUCCCACGCACCCCACCACUCUGGCUGUGGGGUCCAAGGGCGGUGACUUGUAUCUGUGGGACUUUGAGGAGCCCACGAAGAAAACGUUAAUUCAAGGGAACGGAGCAGGAGACUUUAUCGGAGGGAUGAAGUUCUGCCCGAUGGAUAUUUCCAAAGUCUAUGUGGCUUCGGGUGAGGGCACACUGACCGUGCAGAGCUUUGAGGGUCGCACACCCACCGUUCUGUCCAGAACUCAAGACUGUGGCCACGAUCACCACAAUGUUUGUUACUGGUACUGCUGUGUAGAUGUGUCAGUAAGCAGGCAGAUGCUUGUGACAGGAGACAAUGUGGGACAGCUCGUACUCCUGGGUUUAGAUGGCCAAAAGAUUUUCAGUGACAAGUUGCACAAAGCCAAAGUCACCCAUGCAGAGUUCAACCCCCGUUGUGAUUGGUUGUUGGCGACGGCCUCGGUUGACCACACGGUGAAACUUUGGGACCUGAGAAACAUCAAAGACAAGAAGAGUUUCCUCCAUGAAAUGCCUCACGAGAAAGCUGUCAACUCGGCAUAUUUCAACCCACUGGAUUGCUCCAAGUUGCUCACCACAGAUCAGUACGACCAGAUCCGGGUCUACUCGUCCUCCAAUUGGUCGAAGCCUCAGCAUAUCAUCCAACAUCCACACAGACAGUUUCAGCAUCUCACACCCAUCAAGGCUACGUGGCACCCUGUCUAUGACCUAAUUGUGGCCGGCCGCUACCCUGAUGACCGGGUUUUUCUCGGAGAUCAGAGGACAAUCGACAUCUUUGAUUCCAACACUGCAGAGCUCGUGUGUCAGCUGCAGGAUCCCACUGUCGCAGGGAUCAAAUCUAUCAACAAAUUCAAUCCCAUGGGCGAUGUGAUUGGAUCUGGAAUGGGUGUGACGGUGCUCGUCUGGGAUAGAAACGAGUCCCUGAUGAACGAGCGGCACAAACAGGAGGAAACUUCGACCUCAGCGGACAGUUCGAGAGGCCAGAGGAGGGAACAGCAGCGCUCCAGCAGAAACAGGAGAGGUCCUGCUGCGGAUGCGAAGCUCAAGAAGAAACUGGCUUCUCUCGAAGAAUCAGGGACCAAAACCAAGACCAAAACUGGGUGUACAAAACAAAAACAAGCACAGAUGAGGAAGAAGUAAACUGUACCCCAGUGAAAAUCGAUGUAUAUAAUUCCUUUGUUCACUGUGUCUCUAUCUUCAGGGAUUGUUUGAAUGUUUAAAAAAUAUUUCACAUAUUCUUUUAUAAACCAGUUUAAAACUGGAACUCUUGUAUGUUCUCACAAAUGUUUUUCUACUGUUCUAUAAUAAAAAAAAAAAGAUUGUUUCAUA